AUGAAUCAAGAGAUGAGCGGCGGCGACGCGGAGGCGGAGAAGAUCGCCUACGUCUUCAAAGUGGUGGUGAUCGGCGACUCCGCCGUCGGGAAGACUCAGCUGCUGUCGAGGUUCGCUAAAAACGAGUUCUGCUUGGACUCCAAGUCAACAAUCGGCGUUGAAUUUCAGACGAGAACAGUCACCAUCAGUUCCAAACUCGUCAAGGCUCAGAUCUGGGAUACUGCCGGACAGGAGAGGUACAGGGCGGUGACGAGCGCCUACUACAGGGGUGCGUUGGGGGCAAUGCUGGUGUACGACGUAACGAAGCGCCAGAGCUUCGACCACGUGGCCAGAUGGGUGGACGAGCUCAGGGCUCACGCCGACACCUCCAUAGUCAUCAUGCUCAUCGGUAAUAAGGCCGAUCUCCUCGACUCCAGAGCCGUUCCCGCUGAGGAUGCGCUCGAAUUCGCCCAGACCCAAAACCUAUUCUUCUUCGAAACCUCCGCGCUUAGCGGCGAGAAUGUGGAGCCCGCCUUCCUCAAGCUGCUUCAAGAAAUCCAUGAUGUCGUCUCCAAGAAAGCGUUGGAUAGCAGCAAUUUGGUAAAGCCCAGUUUGAGCGACGCGGCCCACUUGACAGGCUUCAAGAUCGAAGCUGAAGUUAGUGAGAUGAAGAACUUGUCCACCUGUUCCUGCUGAAUCUUUCUUUCUAUGUAGUCUUGCAAUAUGCUGUGUUUUUGGAUCACGGAUUUCUUUCCAUUGUUUUUUUUACUGGAAGUGGUGUUUGGUUUUUAGACGAAAAA